AUGUUUUCUUGUUCAUUUCGUAGAUCAACGAUUGGUAAAAAUAUAAGAAAUAUAGGAAAUAUAGGAAAUAUAGGAAAUAUAGGAAAUAUAGGAAAUAUAAGAAAUAUUAAAUAUUUACACAUGAGUAAACCAAUGAAAAGUAAACUAUCUCAACCUUUAGUUUGGAUAGAUUGUGAAAUGACAGGUCUUGAAGUAUUAAAAGAUGAUCAUAUAAUUGAAAUUUGUUGUAUUAUAACAGAUAAAGAUUUAAAUCCAAUAGAUGAAAUAUAUGAAAGUACUAUAUAUUAUUCAAAAGAAAUAUUAGACAAAAUGAAUCAAUGGUGUAUUAAUCAUCAUACAAAAUCAGGAUUAAUUAAUAAAGUUUUAGACAAUAAACAACAAACUUUAAAUAAAGUUGAAAAUGAAUUAUUAAAAUAUAUAAAGAAAUAUAUACCAAUUGAAAAAGAAGGAAUAUUAGCAGGUAAUUCAAUACAUAUGGAUAAAUUUUUUAUGAUGAAAGAAAUGCCUAAAGUUAUAGAUUAUUUAAAUUAUAGAUUAAUUGAUGUUUCAUCAAUAAUGGAAUUUGGUAAUAGACAUAAUCCGAAGUUAAUGAGUAAAUGUCCACCUAAGUUAAAAUUACAUACCGCUAAAUCUGAUAUAAUUGAAAGUAUAAAUCAACUAGAAUGGUAUAGAGAUAAUUACUUCAAGAACGAAGAUGAAGAUGAAGAUGACUAG